GAUGCCCUUCCGGUGGGUGGAAACCGCGCUUCCGGUUUCUGCGCGCUCCCCUCACGCUCCCUUGUUUCUCGGUCAAUAGGAAGUCGCCGUUUCGUUUGCCGCCGCCGCCGCGCUCCUGACAGGCCCCUUCCCACCCCACAUGGAGCCCCCCGGGCAAGUCCGCGGUGGGGCCCACAGACCCGACCCCGGAGGCCCUCGCCAGGGCCAGUUUAGCCAUUCCUAUGUACCCACAGAGGAGGAAAAGAGAGUCUUCGAAGAAUGCAAUACUGAGAGCCUCUGGUACAGAUCGCUGCCUUUUUCUGCUGUUGGCAUGCUUGUCACCCAAAUACUAAUUAAAAAAGGAAUUCUUACAACACAUUCAAAGUUUGGCUCUCUACCAAAAGUUUUAUUUGCUGGCUUUUGUGGCUACAUUGGUGGAAAGUUUUCUUAUAUGAAGGCAUGCCAAGAGAAGCUUAAAAGGCUAGAGAAUUCACCACUGGGAGAAGCUCUGAGGAAAAAUAAACCUAUUCAACCUGAGUAUUACUCUAAAAAACCAGAAGCUUCAGAUGUGCCUUUACCUUUUGAAAGUACUCCAACAGCAGCAGCAGCACCACAAGCACAUACUUCCAAAUACCAUGUUGAUAAUUACGGAGCGACAGACUUUCCCUCUAGUGAUGAUCCAGUCCCAUUUAGUUCUACCAUGAAUGAAUCUUCUCCUUCUGGAAUAACAGAUGGUUUCCCUCAAGAACCUGCUUUGUUUCUGGAAGAACGUCCAAAAAGAAAAGGAAUCACGUAUGAUGAAUUAAGGAGUCGCAAUAGAGAGAUGUAUGAGGCAGGAAUAACACAGAAGUCAGAAUUUACAUCGAAGUCUUCACAGGAAAAACCAAUAAAGAGAGAUGUUAAAGUCAAUAAAUAUGGAGAUGCUUGGGAAGACUGAAAAUCUUUACACCUUCUGAAGACAUUUCUUCAACCAAAAAUUUCAGCUUCAUCAGUGUUGGUCCAAUACCUGAAUGUUUUUCUGUAUUCUGAAAUGCACUUGCUUUACAAUAAAAAUACUUGGGUCUUC